CGCGUGCGCGCCGCGAGGUGGUCGCUGCGGCCCUGGCCGCCGUCACCGAGCCCGUCCUCAACCGGGUGGUCGGCAGGCGUAUGACCAUCAGGCAGGCCCUGCGGGAGGUCCCGUUGGGCUUCUUUUUGCGCUUCUUCCGCACCACCUUGGCGACGAAUCUGGUCAAGUUUCCGUUCUUUGA